AUGCUCGGGCACAAGCUGCUACUGGCCCUCGCGACCCUCGCCUGCGGAUCCAUCACCAGCGCAUACAUAACGAGCGUGAGGAAGCCGAACCACAACAAGUACGUGGCCUGUUACUUCCAGAGUUGGGCGAUAUACCGCAACGGCGAGGGCAUCUUCCAAAUCCAGGACAUCAAGCCCGAGUACUGCACCAACCUCAUAUACUCGUUUGCCGGCCUUAACGGCGCCACCUUCGACAUCAGGAGCCUCGAUCCUUGGGCCGAUCUCGACGAGCAAAAUGGUCGGGCGGGCUACAAGAAGCUAACCCAGAUGCGCUACCAGUACCCGGGCUUGAGGGUGUCCCUGGCGGUGGGCGGUUGGAACGAGGGCAGCUACAACUACUCGGAAAUGGCCCGGCAACCCAGCCGGAGGAAGAAGUUUGUCAGCAGCGUCGUGCACUUUUUGAGAGCCCACAAUUUCCAAGGUCUCGAUUUGGACUGGGAGUUCCCGACCGCGAGGGGCGGCCAGCCCUACGACAGGGAGAACUUUGUCCUACUGCUCAAGGAUCUGAAGCGAGCCUUCAGGGAACACGAUUUCCUGCUUACGGCGGCGAUAGCAGCCGAUACCGAGAGCAUGCAGAGCCGCUACGACAUCCUGAAAAUAGCCGAGUACCUCGAUUACAUCCACCUCAUGACCUACGACUACCACGGACUCGAGGGCCAAGUGGUCAUGCCCAACGCCCCGCUUUACGAAGUGAACAACACCCUGAACUACAUAUUGAAUCUGGGAGUGAGGCCGAGGAAGCUCGUUUUGGGCCUGCCCACGUACGGUAAGAGCUACGUGCUAUCCCACGGCUUGAGGUCGCAGGACGAGAACCCGAUCGGCAAGAGCAGCUUGAGGAACAGCUGGCCGGGACCUUACAGCAACCAGGAAGGUUUCCUGGGCUACAACGAGGUUUGCAGAUACCUGGUGACGAACGACUCGUGGAUCGGUAAGUGGGACAACCUGAGCAGCACUCCUUACGCGAUCCACCAGCGACAAGUGAUCGUCUACGACAACGCGAAAAGCUUGCAGGCCAAGGUCCGCCUGGCGAUGGAAAAGGGCUUGGCAGGCGUGAUGAUCUGGAGCAUCGACACGGACGACUUCCGGGGUGACUGCGUGCCGGAUUACAAACGCGGCCGGGUCGACGCGCUCCAGCACCAGUACCCGCUCCUGCAAGCCAUCACCUUGGCCCUGGAGAGAAACUCGAGCGGCAGGGCAUCGUCCACCCUCGGUCUGGCCGUCAUCCUCGUGCUCUGUACCCUGGCCCACUCUGUUCUUCGUUUCGGCCACUAA